UCUACCACAAGAAAAUCCAUCGUCAAAAAAAAUGUCACCGACGAUAAAGAACUCUGUAGACGUUGAUAGAAUCAGCAACUUACCUGAUGAUUUAUUAUGUCACAUACUCUCUUUUCUCCCAACUAAACUUUCACUCACAACCACCGUUCUCUCCAAAAGGUGGACCCCACUCUGCAAACUAGUCACCUCUCUCCACUUCGAAGAAGAAUCAGUUCAUGACGUAAAGGUCUUCCAUGGCUUCUGUCGGUUUGUGGACGCAGUCAUGCUCUCAACCCAACUCAUUAAAACAAUUUACAUUAUGUGUAAGUUUAGAACAAUGCCUUUGCCGCUAAGUAUUUUCAGUUUUCGCACACUUGUGGUUCUUAAAUUGAAGAGAAUAAAGGUGGUUGCUGAUAUCUCUGUCGAUCUUCCCUCUGUUAAAACUCUUUAUUUGAUUCACAUUUAUUUCAAAAAUAAGGACAAUCUCAACAAGCUUCUUAAUGGGUGUCCUAUUUUGGAGAAUUUGCAAACUCACAUUUACUAUAUAGAACAAGACCUGGGUCAUGUUAGGCUUAAAACCUUAUCCAAUUUGAUCACCGCCGAUAUAGUUGCAUUUGAUGUUCCUUUUAGAACAAUUUUUAAUGUCCAGAUUUUAAAACUCCAGAUGAAGAGCAGGCUUUCAGAGGUAGAUUCAUAUUGCAAAGACUUUCCUGUAUUUCGAAACUUAAUCAACCUUUCCUUAUACUUUUGUUAUUUUCGACACUGGGAUGAUGUAGCUGAAGUUUUCCAGUAUUGCCCCAAGCUUCAAAUCCUUGAUAUUUUUAAGUUGGCAAUCGACCAACAUUUCCCCAUAAACUGGAAGUACCCAAAUUCUGUUCCUGAAUGCAUUUCGUCUCACCUUAGAUCAUGUACUAUAAACUAUGAAGGUUGGAAUGAUGAACUUCAAUUUACAAAAUAUAUUUUGCAAAAUGCGCAACUUUUAGAGGUCAUGAAGGUCUACACUGGUCAAUUCGCUUAUCCCAAUCCAUUAUAUCCAGGGCCAAAUCGGCGUCCUUUAGAAGAACUAACCUUGUGCCCAAUUCUUUCCCCUAAAUGUAAACUUUUAAUCGAUUCUUGAUAUUUGAAGAACAUUGGAUUGUCUCGUCGUAAAAAUGAACAUGAGGCAAGUGACAGUUCUAAAUUUGAGAUUCAACUGCCAUUAUUAUGGUACUAUAUUUUAUUAUUGCAAAGUUAUAAGCCAAAGUUUUGCUAUAUAGUC